AAUUCAAAUCUCUACUAGUACUGGAAGAGGAGAGGCGGAGAGGAGGGGCGAGGCGAGGCUUCCAUUGCAAGCUUGUGCGUUGCCCCUUCCGGGCUGGCUGCGGGAGUCGCAGAGAGAUCUCCGAGCGUCCACACUGCUCCCGCUAUCAGGUAAGGAAUGGAUUGGGAAGCUGCACGGAACACGGCCUCCAUUCCCCAGGGGGAGAAGGCACUGUCCCUCUCCUUGUGCUUUCUUCUGUGAGCUCUCUGCCAAAUUGUUCUUGGAGCCGUAUCUUGCAACAGUAUUAGACUGCCAAGAUGAAGUCCAGUGCGGUUACUUCGAAAGGCAAGGCCGUGUUUGAGCUGAAGCACAGGCUGGUCCAAGCUCUUAACAAGAUUGCCGAUAGAGACACUUACCAUAUAGGAUUGGAUGAGCUCGAGAAGAUGGCGGAUACCGUGGCCCCCGACAUGAUUGGCCCCUUCUUGUCGUGUGUGAUUGACACGGAUGCUGAGCAGAAAAGUGCACUGCGCAAGGAGAGCAUCAAGGUGAUUGGCACACUGGCACGCUUACAUGGGAACCUAUUGGCACCACACAUGGCGAAAAUGGUGUCCAGUGUAGUCAAGCGCCUGAAGGACACCGACUCGGUUGUUAGAGAUGCAUGUGUUGACACUUGUGGUACCCUUGCAAUGUGUGCUAGAAGCUAUGGGGAUGGUGGCGCAGCCAUGGUUGCAUUGGUGCGGCCCUUGUUUGAAUCAUUGGGUGAACAGAACAGAUAUGUUCAGGCUGGGGCAGCAUUGUGCUUGGCCAAAGUUAUAGAUGAGAGCAAUUACUUCCCUGGAUCUGUUCUCCCUCAAAUGCUUGCUCGUGUUGUUAAACUGCUCAAGAACCCCCAUUUCAUGGCAAAGCCUGCAGUGAUUGAAUUGAUAAGAAGCAUUGUUCAGGCUGAAGGUGCUUCUACAGAGCAGGCAUUAUCAUCAGCUCUAACAAGUAUUAUGGAUGCCCUGAAGAGUAGUGACUGGACUACCAGGAAGGCUGCCUCUCAAGCUCUUUCUAGUAUUGCAGUCAAUUCUGGAUAUUUGGUUGCCUCUUUCAGAACUUCCUGCCUUCGCUCCCUUGAGCGUUGUAAAUUUGACAAGGUAAAACCAGUGCGUGAUGCAAUUAACCAUGCCAUUCAGUUGUGGAAAGCUAUUCCAGGGUCUCAUACUCCUGAACCAUCGGAAGCUGGAUCAUCCACAAAAGAGAACUUCUUUGGUGACCAUCAUGAUGUCAGAAGUAUACAUGAUGGUGCAUCAAGAGAUACUUCUUUUAGGAGAAUGGAUCAUGGGCCUUCUGUAUCUGUUAUCAGUGGUAGUUCUGUCAAUUCAGUAAUGAGAAGAUCUCCUUUGUCUAUCAACAAAAUAGCCCUAAACAAUGCUGCAAAUCAGCAACGCAUGAAGACUGGUGGUUGGCAUGUUGAGGUAUCAGCUCCUAAGCAGAAUGUGACGCCACUGGUUGAUAUUGAUGAAAAGGGGUCCGGUAAAGUCUGCACCCUAAAAGAUGCAAAGAGAAAUGCAUAUGAAAUAGUUGAUGAAGACAGUAAGUUUGACUAUGACAUCAUGGACGAUAAACAAGAAUGCUCUUCUGUGUCAGAAGUAGCCAGCAGGAAUUGUGAGACCAAGCAUGUCACCACUACCCAGGAAUGCACUGAAGAUUGUGCUUCCACACAAGUUAAUGAGCGACACCCAAGGGAUCGAGAGAGUAAGAGCAUAGAUUCAACAGUAACAGAUGUCAAUGCACAUGGCACACAUAGUUGUUGUAUGAAUGCCAUGAAUGAAUUAACCCUUAUUAGGAAGCAACUUCAAGAAAUGGAAAGGAGGCAAGCAAACAUGUUUGAUUUAUUGCAGGAAUUCAUGUCUAACUCAGUGGAGAACAUGUCAGUGAUAAAUUUCAAGGUGCAUAAUUUGGAGAAUGCUGUCGACAAAACUGUGUAUACAAUUACUCAGAGUGAAAGUCAGUACCAUCUUCCUGGUUCCAAGUUUUUUAAGAACCAAAGUGCCUCUUCUUCACCCAGGCUUUCUACUUCUACACCUAGAUCAUCUGUGGAUGCUAACUAUAAGCCACCUCCAAUUUCACAUCUGAAACAUGAGAAGAAGUGGAUGCAUGAUCUACCAUCUAAGGGCUCAAGCAUGUGCACUAAAGAGGGAGCUCAAUUUCUAAAAGACCAUGCUCGCAACAGAGUUAGGAAGCCUGGGCCUCUGAGCUCAGAGAGUAACCUGGGAAGAUAUGUUCCAAGCUCAGUGAGGAGUCGAGCAUCAGGGGUUAAGGGAAUUUUUCCAGUUUCAUUUACCAGUUCCUGUGAGCAACCUGAACUGCAAAAUGCAUUGUGUGCUUCUAACCAGUCUGGCGAGUUUCAAGAUGCUGACGGCAUGGAGCCUGCAUACACAGAAGCCCUGAACUGUGGUGAUUGUGAUGAUCUGAUUGACCUAAUGGAUAGAACUGGACCAGUUCUUGAGAAGUUGUCAUGUGAGACAGCAAAUGAAGUUUUAAGGGUUAUUGUUGGCCAAUUUCUUAAUAAAAAGUUCUUUGACUUGGCGCUGCCUUGGCUUCAACAGUUAGCAGAUUUAAGCACGAUUUAUAAGCCAAGUCAACUUUUUGCAUCCGUGAGAGCACAAAAGGAGUUUCUUUCUGCAUUGGAGGAAGCUGCAACAAGUGGAUCUACAGAACCAGCCAUUAGGAUCGCUAUUGCGCAGCUUGCAUUUAAACUGACUAAAGUUUUUGAGGUUGGCCCAUGCAGGAAAAUUUCAACUAGAGUCUGCAGAGGGAAUGAAACUAUCAUGGCCACUGCGAUGUGAAAUAUUUCUCACAAUGAUGUCCAAGCCGCAAAGCAGUGUUUUAGUGAGCUCAAUUUCUUUUCAUGUAGCCAUACAACCUUCGUGGCAAUGUAUGAUCUGUUUAAUUAGUGUUUGAAAGACUAGAAGAUUUGCAUACCAAUUUAUAGUUUGCUAGUUGAAAACAUGUGUGUUUCAGCAGUGUACUGUUGAUAUGGAAUUUGAUGUUUGGCAUGUAAUAGCCAAUGAGCUUGAGUCUA